GACGCGCACGGCAGCACGUGUCCCCCCAUUGACAGUCUUGUCCUGGUGACAUUGGGGAUGGCUGGGCGGGCUGUGCUGCGGGUACAGGCGGUCUUGAGCAGGUGUAAUACCCGGGGCAAUAGUGGCUCGGCUGCUGGCUACUGUUUGGACCUGGUCAGGAAACGUGACUAUGAAGGAUUCCUUUGUACGCUGCUGCUGCCUCCAGGGUCUCAGACUUCUGCUUUUGCAUUGCGGGCAUUGAAUGUGGAAUUGUCCCAGGUGAAAGACUCUGUGUCUCAGAGAAACCUCGGUUUGAUGAGGAUGCAGUUUUGGAGGGAUGCUGUCCAAGAAAUAUACAGUGGAAACGCCCCUCAUCACCCUGUUGCACUAGAACUGUCAAAGGCUGUCCAGAAGCACAAGCUGACGAAGAGAUGGCUAACCAGGAUUGUAGAUGAAAGAGAAAAUAAUCUGAAUGAUAGGGCUUACGGAAGCCUGAAAGAUUUAGAAACGUAUGCAGAGAACACACAGAGUUCCCUACUGUACCUUAUCUUGGAAACGCUUGAUGUAAGAGAUGUCCAUUCUGAUCAUGCAGCUAGCCACAUUGGCAAGGCGCAUGGCAUCAUCACCUGCUUGAGAGCGGUUCCUUAUCACAGCAGCAGGCGGCAGGUCUUCCUUCCUGUUGACAUAUGCAUGCUGCAUGGCGCAUCUCAAGAGGAUUUCAUUCGCUGUAGCCAGGAGAAAAAUGUCAAAGAUGUCAUUUUUGAUGUUGCCAGUCAAGCGCAUGUUCACCUGGAGCAUGCACGCUCAUUCAAGAGAAAUGUUCAAGGAAAAGCAUUUGCUGCCUUCAAUAUCACAGUCGCCUUGGACAGUUAUCUGAAAAAACUUAGAAAAGCCGAUUUUGAUAUUUUUCAUCCAAGCUUACAAAGGAAGAAUACGUUACUUCCAUUAUAUUUCUAUGUUCGAUCUUGGAAAAAAACUUAUUAA